CGUCCCUCCCGUCUGCCUCCAGACUACUUCUUCUUCUCCCCUCCCUCCCCCUUCGACUCUUCCUUUCCAAUCUCCUUCUCAUCUCAUCACCAACGACAGAGCUUGUCCUUUCCCGCGAGCCUCUUCCUUCCAGAACAGACCACCUCCAGACCAUCAAUCCCAGCACCGCCAUCAUGUCUGGCCCCGUGUAAGUCCCCAGCGGAAAAAAAAAGAACAACCCUCCUCAGAGCCCCUCCAUCGUCAUCGUUAUCACCUCCCACGCUGCUACCCCACCACCCCGCCCCAAACUCUGUUGAGCUUCCAUGACCUCAAUUCGCGCACCCCGAGAGCUGCCAUCGUGGUAAUUCUUGGUGGUUUGCGUGGCCUGCGUGUCAAGGCCCGGGAGCCACGGGCGUGCAACCCGUCCCGCCCUCGUCGGGUCCCCUCCUGCUCCUUUGCUUUGGGAAAAGACCAGCUCAUUGAUGAUUGAUGAUCCUGCCGCACAGCGCCCGCCUCGCAAACAUCCAGCUUGGCGGCGCCGAACCCUCCACCGCACUUCACAGCUCCUCCGCCAACGCGUCAAGAAAUGCUGACAAUGCCGCCAGCGCUGAUCUGGGCCUCAUCGGCCUUGCUGUCAUGGGACAGAACCUCAUCAUGAACAUGGCCGACCAUGGCUUCACCAUCUGCGCCUUCAACCGAACCGUCUCCAAGGUCGACCGAUUCCUGGAGAACGAGGCCAAGGGCAAGUCCAUCAUCGGCGCCCACAACGUCGAGGAGUUCGUCAGCAAGCUCAAGUCGCCCCGCCGCGUCAUGCUGCUCGUCCAGGCUGGCGCUGCCGUUGACGACUGGAUCGCCAAGCUCGUCCCCCUCCUGUCCAAGGGCGACAUCAUUAUCGAUGGUGGCAACUCUCACUUCCCCGACUCCAACCGCCGUACCCAGGAGCUCCAGGCCAAGGGUAUCCGUUUCGUCGGCUCCGGUGUCUCUGGUGGUGAGGAGGGUGCUCGCUAUGGCCCCUCUCUGAUGCCCGGCGGCAACGAAGAGGCCUGGCCGCACAUCAAGGACAUCUUCCAGAGCAUCGCUGCCAAGAGCGACGGCGAGGCCUGCUGCGAGUGGGUCGGCGACGAGGGUGCCGGUCACUACGUCAAGAUGGUUCACAACGGCAUUGAGUACGGUGACAUGCAGCUCAUUUGCGAGGCCUACGACAUCAUGAAGCGCGGCCUCGGCCUCUCCAGCAAGGAGAUCGGCGACGUUUUCGCUAAGUGGAACAAGGGUGUUUUGGAUUCGUUCCUCAUCGAGAUCACCCGCGACAUCAUGUACUUCAAUGACGACGACGGCAAGCCCCUCGUCGACAAGAUCUUGGACAAGGCCGGCCAGAAGGGUACUGGCAAGUGGACCGCUGUCAACGCUCUGGAUCUCGGCAUGCCCGUCACCCUUAUCGCCGAGGCUGUCUUGUCCCGUUGCCUGUCCGCCAUCAAGGACGAGCGUGUCCAGGCCUCAUCCAAGCUCGAGUUCGUCAGCCGCAACAGCGGCAAGUUCUCUGGCAACAAGGAGCAGUUCCUCGAGGACCUUGAGCAGGCCCUGUACGCCUCCAAGAUUAUCUCAUACGCCCAGGGCUUCAUGCUGAUGCAGGAGGCCGCCCGCGAGUACAAGUGGAAGCUGAACAAGCCCUCGAUUGCCCUCAUGUGGCGUGGCGGCUGCAUCAUUCGCUCCGUCUUCCUCAAGGACAUCACGGCCGCGUACCGCAAGCAGCCCGAGCUGACGAACCUGCUGUUCGACGACUUCUUCAACAAGGCUAUCCACAAGGCGCAGCCCGGCUGGAGAGACGUUGUCGCCCAGUCUGCUCAGCUGGGUAUCCCGACGCCCGCUUUCUCGACGGCGCUCUCAUGGUUUGACGGCUAUCGCACCAAGGACCUGCCGGCCAACCUCCUCCAGGCCCAGCGCGACUACUUCGGUGCCCACACUUUCCGUAUCAAGCCUGAGUUCGCCAGCAGCACGUACCCCGAGGGCCAGGACAUCCACGUCAACUGGACCGGCCGCGGCGGCAACGUCUCCGCCUCGACAUACCAGGCUUAAGUCUGCGCGUACGAGAAGGGUGUGAGAUGGAGGACAGCACGCAAGAUUACUGCAAGCUGCUGCGCAAUACGAAGUACAAUUGCCGGGCCCGCAUGUCGGCCCGGGCUGGGCAACUUUUGAAUACGCCUCGAUGGGCCAUGCAGACAAGGUAGACGGGCCGCAGUCUCGGUGACGUGUAUACGUGCCCGCUGCCCCGACGGCGGGAGGCGGACGGAACUGCUGUGAUGAAGUCGAUAGUUGAAAAAAUCGCGUGCGUACGAAGUAGUGCAAGAAGUAGCAAUGUACUGAGCAGAAGACAUGAUUGAC